UCGUACGGAGAAAGACUGGCUGCGUAGUUCACCGACAUUGUGUCGAGAAAGUCGAGGCGAGUAGACCUACAGACUACGCAUGCUCAGUGAUUGAGUAAACGGUUUGUUAUUUGGUAUAGUGAAUGGAUGAGCAAGGGUUAGGAGAGUCUCCUGCCUCUGAGCACAAUCUCAGCCCCGAACCGUCCUCGGAGAAGAAAAAAUCAAAGAAGAGAAACCCAUUCAAACGACUAGCCGGCCUAUCCUCCUCUUUCAAGAAGCAUUCAUCGAAGGCGGGAUUGAAACAUCAAUUCUCUGAUGGCCGUUGCUCUGGUGACGACCUGCAGCCACUGCGCGAAUCCCCAGGGACGACCAGACGGAUGCUGCGCGAAGCGAAAGCCAAGUCGUUGGACUUUGGCCUGGACGAGCCUGACUUAUCUCGAGAGACGAGGUCUCAAUCAGCAGACGGUGUAGAACAUCUCGGAAUGAAUGGAGACGAUGAUGAAAUGAUGAGCAGAGAAGUCAGUCCGACGUUGCUUGAUGCGGACGCACAACGUGUAGAGGACAAACGGGCAGAGAGCGAAGAUCAUACCUCGAUUGAUGGUGGAGAUCGACAUUCUCGAGCACAGACUCCACAGAUUAGAGUAACUGCACCUGAAGCUGAAACAACGGAGGCAAAGAAUGUGCAACUUCCUGUACCCGGAAUGAAAUACAAACUAUUGAUUCAUCUCAUUAGCGGCACUGAUCUUGCUAUACGAGAUAAAAGUGGCACCAGUGACCCGUAUGUGAAAUUUCGUAUUGGAAAUCGUCGUUCAAAGAGUAACACCAUCUUCAAGGAUCUUAAUCCUGUGUGGAACGAGCUGUUUGUCAUGAAAGUUGAUAAUGUCAGCGAUCAAAUGAAAGUCAAAGUGUAUGAUUACGACUACGCACUGACUGACGACUUUAUGGGCUAUGCAUUUGUUGAUUUAUCAAAUCUUGCUCUUGGAGAAUCACAUGUGCAAACCAUCUACCUUGAAGACGAAGAGAGUGAAGACGAAAACUUGGGCUUCUUAACAUUAAGAUUAAAACUUGCAAGUAGAACACACGAAUUUGAUCUCGACGAGGAACAAAACGUAUCGAUAGUAGAAAGAUCACCAACACCUGUAGAACGGCCAGCAAAAGCAUCUCAAGUUACUCACAAGAGUCAUUGCACUAUUCGACGCUGUCGCUCGAAAGGAUCGAUGAGGAAGGCAAAUUCGUUGGAUCAUGCGGCCGUCAAGAGAGCUAAGUCGCAAUUAUGGAAGAAUGUGCUCAAUGUUGUCUUACUGAAUGGGAAGUCAUUGCCGGCAAUGGAUGAUAAUGGUUUUAGUGACCCGUACUGUAAGUUUCGUCUUGGGGCUGAGAAGUUUAAGACCAAGGUUUGCAGCAAGUCGCUUAAUCCCGAAUGGAAAGAGCAAUUUGAUCUUCACGUGUACGAGGAUCAGUCACACAUUCUAGAGAUUGAAGUGUGGGACAGAGACUAUGGAUCAAGAGAUGAUUUUAUAGGAAGAUGUUCGAUUGAUUUGGAUGAUUUGUCGUUUGAAGAAACACACAGAAAGACUCUCGAACUGAAGGAUUGUGAGUCAGGAGAGAUCACAAUUCUGUUGACUGUCAGCGGCGGCACCGGCCACGGAGAAGAAAUAGAUGGCAAAACGGACGGCAGCAAUAAAUCUAAACGGCCAAGAAAAUAUUCUGUCUGGCAUACACUCAGAAACAUUGAUGAUGUUGGUCUGUUGAAAGUUAAAGUGAUUAAAGCAGUUGGAAUUCCUGCAACAGACUUUUUCUUAGGUACAAGUAAUCCGUUUAUUGUGUUGGAAUUGGACAAUUGUCGUGUGAGAACAGAGACAGUUUAUAAGACUAUAGAGCCAGGCUGGGAAAAGGAAUUUACACUAGAUGUGAAAGAUAUUCACUCUCUGCUGGAGGUGACUCUCUUUGACGAGGACAAGCACAGAAAUGAGUUUUUGGGACGUCUAGUGAUACCAUUACUAUCGAUCACUCCUGGAGAACGAAGAUGGUUUCAGUUGAAGAACAGGAACUUACAUUCACGAGUGAAGGGAGACAUUCAACUUGAACUUGAUCUCGUUUAUAAUCCGAUUCGUGCUGCAAUCAGAACGUUCAAUCCAAAAGAAGUAAAGUAUCUCAGUGAGGAGGAGAAAUUCAAGUACCAAGUCUUGGUAAAGAACGUUCAACGUGUUGCAAACUUGAUUCGCACGAUUUUCGCAUUCUGGCAAUGGAUUCAGAGUUUGUUUGAGUGGACGAGUAAAUCACGAAGUGUCGCAGCGUUUAUAGUGUUUCUUGUGGUCACGUGGCAUUUUGAGUGGUGGAUGACACCUGUGUUUCUGGUUGGCAUCUUUUUCUUUCAGUACAUAGCAGUUUCGUCGAAGUCAAAACAUGCGGUUAUUACAACUGGAUGUCUGGGAUCUACUGCUAGACGUGCGUCUCCGACUGCUGAUGGAGUGGAUAGUGAAGAAACGUCUGAUGAUGAAGACGAACCAAAGUCAAAGGAGGGAAAGCUUAGUCUAGUGAAGAAAUACAGAGCUGUGAUGGACGUCUGUCAGACUGUCCAGAAUGUUCUUGACACGAUUGCCUCACUUGGUGAACGAGUUAAGAACUCGUUUAAUUGGACUGUCCCUUUUCUAUCUUGGCUUGCUAUUGUUGUGUUGAUCGUGGCUGGUGGUAUUCUUUAUCUCAUUCCACUGAGAUAUCUUAUACUUGCUUGGGGGAUUAACAAGUUCACCAAAAGAUUACGGAAACCGAAUUUCAUUCCUAACAACGAACUGCUGGACUACCUGUCACGUGUACCAUCAGACGACGAACUUUUGCAAUGGUGUGAAACUAAACCGGGAAGUGCCGUCAAAAAGAUAAAAAAGAAAUAAACUGUCACUGCAGAGUAACGAGGCUGCGGGUACAGUCGCCUUCGGGACAUUCUGAAUGAAUUUAUGAUUGAUAUCAAUUAACCCUGAAUGAAUUAGUUGACAUUGAUUUGUUGCUAUUGGGUUGUGUAUAGAGUAUCUACUAGUGGUGAUUGUAUUGUACUGAUGUGUAGGGUGAUAGAGUAUUUUUGUAUUUUAAGCAUAUUGUUAGUGAGACUGAUGAUAAGUUAUUGCGAUA